GUUGCUUGUUUAAUUAAUAAAUUUCGAUUAAUUUACAGAACCGAUAGGGCCCAAAAAAUCUAAAUCUUCGCUUAAUGAAGAAAAAUGGGAAAGUCUUGACCAACAAAGAAUCGGAGUCGAUGACUUGAAAACGCCAGACUCAGUUGAUUCCAAGAAUAAAGAUUCAAAAAGGAAGAAGAGAGACAAAUCCGCAGAAAGUCUGAAGUUUCGUAAUGAGGCAAAACUUGACUUAAGACAGUACAUAGAACAUCAUCGGAAACUUCUGAAAUCCUCAGAGAAGCUGAAUGCAGUGCUAAGCCCCAUUAUGUUCAUGAGGAUCCUGUCUGCUGUGGUCAUAUUUGGCUUUGACGGCUUUUACAUAACGCGUACAACGGACAAAGUGAUGCUGUUAAGAUACGUAGCCGGCCUUUUAUACAGCAUCAUGGAGACGGGGCUCACGUGUUGGUUCGCAUCGAAACUCUCGUUGCAGAGUGAGAUGGUUGGUGAAGGGGUGUACAAUUGUAGAUGGUGCAGUAAGCCUAUCAGCUUCCAACGCUCACUGAGAUUUAUCAUCAUGAGGGCUCAGCGUCCGGUUGCACUGUCAGUGGGGCCCUUUGGAACCUUAUCCAUGGAGCUGUUUGCUAGGAUCCUGAACUCUGCUUAUUCUUACUUCACAGUACUAACUCAGUUUCAUGAGAAGUAAAGAGGAGAUUCUGGAGAAACUUGGUGAACUGAAUCAGGCCGUAGGCCAACACCAUUUUCGAGUGCAACCACAUCAGCCACGUUUAAAAAAUACAAGCACGAAAUAAGUAAAUGGAGACGAAGUUCGUCUAAAUUAUAUUCAGAAAAUCAGUCAGUACUUAAAACACAUACACACACACGCCACACCAUUGCAAAGAUAGAACUGUUUGUACUGUUUGACAUAAUCCCUUUCGUACCAACCGUACGAAAUCUACCAUUUACUAACUGUUAAACCAAGAAGUGCAUAUAGUUACUACCGGGCUUUCGAGGGUCAAAUUUCUUGCCUUGAUAAAAUGUUUUGUCGCGUCUUUACAGCACAACUCACUUCAUCAUGCUUAUUUGUAUAAGCUUGUAUAGAAUACGGAAAGGCACU